GAUCUCCUGUUCUUAAUGCGCAAAGAUAAGAAGAAGCUUAGAAGGCUACUUAAAUACAUGUUCUUUCGAGACUACAAAUCUAAAAUUGUCAAAGGAAUAGAAGAAGAUGACCUUCUUGAAGACAAAUUCAACAGUAAUAACACCAACAAACGGCAGAAGCUUGCUCAAGACUUUCUCAACUCCAUUGACCAGACUGGAGAGCUCUUAGCCAUGUUUGAAGAUGAUGAGAUUGAUGAUGUCAAGCAAGAGCGAAUGGAGAGAGCAGAAAGACAAACACGAAUGAUGGACUCAGUCCAGUAUGCAGAAUUUUGUGAAAGUCGGCAAUUGAGUUUUUCAAAGAAAGCAUCCAAGUUUCGUGACUGGCUGGAUUGCAGCAGUAUGGAAAUAAAGCCAAAUGCAGUUGCAAUGGAGAUUUUGGCAUAUUUAGCGUAUGAGACUGUGGCACAGUUGGUCGACUUGGCCCUUUUGGUUAAGCAGGACAUGGCUCCCAAAGCUGGUGACCCGUUCAGUCAUGCCAUAUCUGCCACCUUCAUACAGUAUCACAACUCUGCUGAGAGCACUGCAGCCUGUGGUAUAGAGGCUCAAAGCGAUGCCAUCCAGCCGAGCCACAUCAGAGAGGCCAUUCGACGCUAUGGCCACAAGAUUGGCCCCCUUUCCCCAUUCACAACCACUGUUGCAUUCCUCAAGGUGGCUGAGAGCGGAACAACCAGGUACAUCAGGUCAGAAGACCACGAGAACCUUACACAUGUGGGUAUUGGCUCUAAUCUUGUCUUGGCAGCAAAGCGGUGUUUUCAUCAAGAAACUACCAUGUAUGGGGGACUGACUUUGGGAUGGAUGCAUUCGGUAUGA